GUGGAAGUAACACAGUGGACUGUUUUACAUCGAUCUGACGGUCAUGACACCAGCAGUCAUUAGCUGAAUUUAAACUCUAUAGAGACUUGCAUUACUACUGUUCAGUCUUGUAAAAUGCCUAUGUGGAGCGUCAUCUUGUUUUUCAUCUGUGUGCAAGAUGUCGAGACAGAUGGAAAGGUGUCAGUGAUGGAGGGAGAUUCCAUCACUCUUCAUACAGGUCUUACUGAAAUACAGAAAGAUGAUACCAUACUGUGGAUUUUUGGACCUCCAGACACUCGUAUCGCUGACAUUUAUAAGCAGAAUAUUACUAUAUAUGAUGAGAAAUUCAGAGGCAUAUUUCAACUGGACAUUACAACUGGAUCUCUCACCAUAAAGAACAUCAGAAGCUCAUACUCUGGACUUUAUAAACUAACUAUUUUCAGCAAAAAAGGAGUCUCACACAAGGCAUUUCCAGUUACUGUCUAUGCACCUGUUUCAACACCUGUCAUCAGUACAAACUCUCGGGUCACUGAGCAACAAACUCCACCUCGUCUGCCCAUUCCUGUCAUCUCUACAGACUCUUGUCAAUGUUCUUCAUCAUCUGAAAGUUCAUCUAAAUGUGUGUUGGUGUGUUCAGUGGUGAAUGUGACACAGGUGACUCUCUCCUGGUACAAAGGAAACAGUUUAUUCUCCUCCAUCAGUGUGUCUGAUCUCAACAGCAGUCUCUCUCUACCUCUGGAGGUGGAAUAUCAGGAGAACAACAUCUACAGCUGUGUGAUCACCAAUCCCAUCAGAAACCAGACUAAACAUCUCAACAUUAAUGACGUCUGUCAGACAUGUUCAGAUCCUAUGCAGUGUUAUGGUUUUACUGAAGCAGUGAUCCGAUUGGUCAUCUCUGCUCUGGUGGGUGUGGCUACUGUUGCUGUAUUGGUUGAGCACUUAAGAUCCAGAAGAGUUUAACAGGAGAAGAAAGCACAAACGUCAAUUCUUCAAUGAUGCAAAGUCUAUUCUCACUAGGUGAUUGUUGUUGAACAACUGUCUCUUAAGCCACCUUUUCACUUCGACUGUCGUAUUUCUCUCCCUAGUGGCAGUCGUGACACAUUGUCAUUUUGUUCGCAAUGGAUUUUGUUAAUUGAAGAAGAAGCUACCAGAGGUUUACCUAAGAAUGACAUUACUGUGUGUGAUUUUGUUGAGCAGAUGAAUGAAUUCAGUAAAAUUCAGGAUUAAUAUUCACACAGUAUUUAUUAUUAAUAGUAUUAUUAAUCAUUAUUACUGUUUUAUAGUUAAGAUUGUGAUAAUUAACAGCAACAACAACCAUAAUUCAGCAAAAAUGAAUCAGAAAUUCAUAGAUGUGAUUUUAAAGAUGUAGUUUUGUGCAGAAAUAAAUGACACAUGUACACAUUUAAUCACAUGUAUACUGUAAUUCCAAAAGUCAUCAUUUCUGAUUUCUACAUUAUUAAUUGUCCAAAAUACAGAAGUAGCAAGCAUUUAGAAAAAAGUUUAGGACAAAAUCUAUUGAUAUUUCUCACUUCGCGCUGAUAGUUUUGCAUGAAGACAUCACUUCCGGUUGGGCGGUCGCAUAUGCUCUAGUUGCUAGCGAUGGGACGUCUGAUUCUUUUCCACGAACCGGUUCUUAAAAAAACAUUAUUCACCAGUUCAUUUCAUCAUCAUGUAAUGACGUCACUGUACAUAAUUCUAAAUACGCCGGCAUUGUAGAAUACACGCUCAAACACAUUCAAUAAAGCCACAUGUAAGUGCAUAUUGCUGAUUAUUAAAUUGUAUUUAAUUACAUAAUAAUAAUAAGGGUAUUUGAAAUUAUCAGUGUUUCAUUCAAUGAUCUUACAACACAUCCUACAUUAAAAUUUUGCACCUAAAGCGUCCAAUACUGACACUACAAACGUGGAUGUUCUACACAUGUCUAAAGAGGAACUUUUUUUUUCAUUUCUUCACAUUUUUAUAAAUAUAUGUCUAAAUCAUUUGGAAAGUAAUGAUGCCAGAAAAUCAGCUGUGAAGUGAUUAAACUAGUCUUAAUCAACUCACCCUUUUCCAGAAAACCAUGAUCCAGCAACUUCAAAUAUAAUCUGCAUGCACAAUACUCAAUAGUAAAAUUCAUUUACAUCUCUCGAUUGAAAUGUUUCGCCCCCUCAUUCAAGUCCUCGGUUCACGCAUGCUCAUCCGCUGCUCACUGAUCAGCAAUUCUCAGUAUUAUGUCCAAAAUUGGCGAUUCUCAGUUCAGUGUACUGGUGACUCGAGAACUGUUGCAACCAGAGCGUUCAGUCCAAUUUGUGAAGUAGAUGAAGUGGUUCAUUGCAAAGAAGAGUUAGGAAAAGCAGAUUUCACCAGUUCUAGGAUCAUAUUACUCCCGGCACAUCCGAGAAACAGGUUAAGAUUAAAUUGUGGAUUAGUGUUGACUCGAGACACAAACUGUUUCAAACGAUUCAGUCCGAUUUGGUGAACUGGUUCAACUCAUUCAAUAAAAAGAACCGGUUCAAAAGAAUGAUUCGUUCAGGAAUUGGACAUCACUACUAGUCACAUGAGUUGAAAUAUAAGGCUUGUUUGAGAUGAGCAAGUUCUGCGCAGAACUGAUCACCGGUGAACAGCGGCACGUGCAUGCCGGUUAGAAAUCUGUCCGCUGUGAUUUCAUGUUAACGUAUGCCAAAAAAUACUCAAGAGAGUAAAGCGCGUACAGUUGUAAGAGCCAGGCGGCGCAGUUGGAUUUUUCCAGCUGUGCAAACUGAAAGAAUUAUGGAAAAAGACUUGCUGACGACACAGCUUAAUGUGAACGAAGCCUAAUUUUCUCUCGCGCAUCAGAUGGACUUCAGAUCCCUCCUAGCUAAAAAGGCGCUUCUCUCUCCCGCACCCUGUAUUGCAUUCACUUACAUUGUUUCACUUUCAGUUCUCGCAGAUUCAACUAGUAAUUGCAUUUUAGAGGUCCUUGUGUGCAUUGAAGGGAUUUCCAUGUGUAUGCCUUCGUUACGUAGGCGUAGGACGUCACGCGUAUUGGGACCAAAUGUAAAAGAUUUCACUUAAAUUAUUCUUUUACGAAUCAGACAUCACUAUCGACGAUCCACAUGUACUUUACACGUAUGUUUUUUUGUGGUGUUCAGUCAUAAAAGUAACGUGAGAAACUUAUCAGAAUAAAAGUAUUCCUUUUCUCUUGAAAAUAUAGUGAAAUGAGAGUCAACAGAAAUGUUUAUCCUCAAGUAAUAGUGAUCGACCAAUAUGGGUUUUUUAAUGGCCGAUGCUGAUAUCUAGAGAGCAGGGCGGCCGAUAGGCCGAUACAAUGCCAAUAUAUCACACAAUAUAGUAAAUAACAAACAUAUAAUUGCUCAAAAAUGUUAAA